AUGACUGCUGCGAAAUAUUUUGGGGAAGAAAAAUUAGAGGAUGCGAUUUAUGCAAUUUACUUGCGGAAAGUACGCUAUGUUGCUCCAGUAAACACUGAAAUUCAUGAAGAUGAUAGCAACAGUAGUGAAGAGAAGUCACACUUUUUAAAUGAUGAUACUUUGGAUCAUUUACAAUGGGAAACGAUUAGAGAACGAAUUAUUCGAGCUGGAACGUUAGAGAAACUUGUGGAGUGCCUUAUAGGAGAUGAUAUGUUAAUGGAUUCAAGGCAUUUUAAUGUGUUUUUUGCUACUUAUCGUUCUUUUGCAACGUGUUCAGAUGUUGUAGAACUUUUACUUCAACGUUAUGCAUUGCUUGCUACGAAUUCAUUGAUAAUUGGCAAAGCCAAAACUGUGACUCUGCACUCUCUGCGUUCUGUAUUGAUGUGUUGGUUAGAAAUAUAUCCUGAAGAUUUUAAUGAUCCGAAUAGCGAUUUUGCAACUUUAAUGCGAUUGAUUGAAUUCGGUAGAAUUCAUAAAAUAACUGAUGUAAGAACGAGAGCUCGACAAUUACGAGAAACAUACAAACGUCAGGUUAUGGAUGGACGUUAUUUAGCUCACAUACCGUCUAUGGAGCAGUACGUUUUUAACAUAGAGUGUGAUGCACCAGAUUUUGAUGCAUGUGUACAAAGGGCGAACAUGUUUGAUAUCGGAAAUGAAAAUUGUGUACAGAUUGCUGAGCAGCUUACAUUUUGGGAUGCUGAAUUGUUCAAAGAAUUGUUACCACAACAGUGCCAAGGUUCGAUAUGGAACAAGAGACACAAACGAGGACCGGAAACGGUGUAUUCAGUUCGAGCAACAAUCAAUCAGUUCAAUGCUGUUGUUCAAAAAGUGAUGACGAGCAUAGUUCUUCCAGAUUGUCUACCUGAUUUUCGCGCUAAAAUUAUAGUAAAAUGGAUCGAUGUCGCAAGAGAACUGAGAGCUUUAAAGAAUUUUUCAUCAUUAAAAGCAGUCAUAUCUACGCUUCAGUCUGAACCAGUUCAUAGACUGAAAUCGACGUGGGCACUUGUAACUAGUGCUUCAUUGGCUCAGUUUCAUGAGUUAGCCUCAAUUUUUGAUGCAGAUGAUGAUGGAGAAGAACGUCGAGUGAGGCAAAUUCUUGACGAGGAGGGUACAGCAAAGAGCUCUCCUCUUAGACGCCCACAACUAAUUCAGAAUUGUAGGCGGACAAAAAGUGAUGUUAACCUUGCCGAAUCACAGGGGACUGUCCCAUAUUUGGGUACUUUCCUAACUGAUCUUUCUAUGAUCGAUCAAGCUAAUCCUGAUGUCACUGAGGAAGGUCUCAUCAAUUUUGAGAAACGACGCAAAGAAUUUGAAAUUAUCGCCAAAAUUCGUUUGUUUCAAUCCGCAUGUCGUGCUUACAAAAUCCCAAUGGACAUGGCAUUUUGCUCGUGGUUUUGUUUCUUGCCAGCUCUGGAUGAAAAUCAAUGGUCUUUUCUGAGGUCAUUAGAGAUUGAAUUGCCAGCGAAUACGAUAGAAUCAUCGAAACUGCAGCCAUUACAUGGGCCAAAAAUCAACACAUUGUCACGUUUAAUGUCAGGUAUGACUGUAGAUGAAAAUGCAGAUAACAGUGCGCAAACGUCUAAUGACUCGGGCAUUGCAAUUGAAGAUUCCUGGUACGGAAUUGCGAAUAAGUCACUUUCUGAGCAAAUUACUGCUUCUCCUUUUGAGAUUACAUCCUCAAAUUCAUUCACUGCUUCUUCAACUCCAGCUAAUACAAUUUUUUGGAAAGGCGGCAGUGAAUUCUGUCCAGGUAUAACAUUUGCGCAUAGACGAGCGACUAGUAGCGAUUGUGAAAGGAAGCAGCAAUUAUAUAAUUCAUUAAUAAACUCUCCAGUAAGCACUAGUGGUCGUGUACAAAUGGCAUCCGGAAGAUCAACUAGCAAUUUAGUACAACAAGAAACGCCAUUUCAUCUUGCUAGAGUUGCUUUAGAUGAUUCAUUACAAAGUGAUAAGGGCAGUGCCAAUUAUAAAUGUAUCAAGAUCGAAAACGGAGAUCGAUUGACAGAAUUAAUUGAAAGGAUCAUAGAGAAGCAUCUUUUAUGUGGUGAUCAAUCAGAUUACUGCCUUGUUCAAUUGUUACCUGAUGGAUGUGAAUUUCUUCUGCCAGAAAAAUGUAAUCCAUAUUAUGCUGUAGCACCAGAUUCUACAUCACCGAUGUUGAACUUUGUGUUACGUAAGAAAAGUGAUGUAGAACCAAAGGCAGUGUCAAAUGAUUUGGCACCAUCGACUAAAAAAUUGAAUAGGAUGAAGCGAAGCAAUUUAUUACGAUGGAGUAGUGUAUUAAUUAUUUCUUUGAACAGCAUACCAUUAUGCUGUGACUUUUUCUUCACAAUUUAG